ACUAGCCAUUGGAAAGUGAACAUUCAGCUCUGGUAAGCAGAAAUCCAGCCCUUGUGAGUGUGCCGCAGGCUUGCAGUGCUGAAUAACAUUUAUGCUUGAUAAUACAAAAUAUAUGUACAGGUUGCGUCAAAAUAUAAAGUCCAACUGAAUAUCAGAUACUUGGAGUAUUCUUUACUUGUAAAUUGUCCAGGCAUCUGAUGGUGGCAGGUAUAUGUAAUAAAGAAGAAAGAUAACUGGUAACGGUGCAGAGUAUCUAGUACCAAGUGCAGAACAAACAACAAAGAGGUCUAUGAUGUAGCACUCACAUUUAGUAGAGCUAUAAAACCAGCUCUGAGUGUAACAGCGUGCAGCGGUACAAUCCCCACUGACAGAUAUAUUGUCCUAGGAAUCAGUCACUCGGCAUAUAGAUGGAUAUAUACAAAGAUAUAAAAGGCAAAAAAUAGUGCUCCACCAGGGAUAUAAUGUAGGGUAGUACUUCCCAGGAUACAGGUAACAGGUAGGCAAUGAUGGUAUAGACGUGCCAGAAACAGUAAGACAUAUAAAAAGAACUAAAACAAACUAAAAAAACUUAAAUAUAAAUAUAUAAUAAAUGGUCAGACACAUAAAUUAGGUGAAUGCCAAAUAUCUUUAAUGCUUAAAAUAUCUAGUAUAAAAUAAAGUUAUUAGGCAUUCACCUCUACUAAAUGUGAGUGCUACAUCAUAGACCUCUUUGUUGUUUGUUCUGCACUUGGUACUAAAUACUCUGCACCAUAACCGUUUAGCUUCCUUCUUUAUUACAUAUACCUGCCAUUAUCAGAAGCCUGGACGAGUUACAAGUAAAGAAUACUCCAAGCAUCUGAUAUUCUAUUGGACUUUUUAUUUUGGCGCAACCUGUACAUAUAUUUUGUAUUAUCUUGAUCUGUAUUAAUCAGUAAGGGGCUGAGGGUAUCCUUUACUACCAGGGUUUGCUGCCUGCUUACAGUUCUAGUAUAGUUACCUUUUAGCACUUAUCUUGUUUUCUAUUAUUUGAACUUUUAUGCUUGUCUGUCUAAUAGUGUAGACCUUGUUAAUCUAAAAUAAUUGAGCGCCCGUUUCCUAUUUUAUUUAUAAGAUAGUGUUGAGUAGCAGUUCCAUUGUCAGAACAUUGACAAAAAAAAUGAAUUCUGUGUAACACAAGAAUUUUACCUCAUGUUUUUUUGUUUUGGUAUUUUAGAACACAAAGUGUGCUAUAGCUCAGCUUUAUCUGUAUUUACAGUUCAGUGGAAUACUGACCUUACAAAAAGCAAACAAAGAUUGAGUAUCAAGGCUAAUUUUGUCUCCCUGUAAAUUUAAAGGUCACAUUUUCUUUUUAUUGUUUUAAACAGACAAUUUACACUUAAAAGUGCCUCGCGUUUUUCAAUGUAUUAUAUGUAGAAUAGGUUAAAAAUGUGCCAAAAAACAUUUUUUUAUUACAAAUGUAAAUGUAAAAAUCUUUAUUAUAAAAGUUGCUAAAACUACUGCAGACUCAGGCAAGUGUUAACAGUGAGACCCCAUCCAAAAGAGUGGUGAAAGAAAGGUAGAAAAGAACUAAAAACAGAAACAGUGUAUCCAAAGGUAUAAUAAUAUUAAUAAUAAUAACAAUAAUAAUAAUAAUCUAGUUUGUCCAUCACAGAAAUAUUUAAAUAUUUAAUUGACAUUAUGUGUUGAUAACCAUUGGAGAUAUUUUAUAUUGUAACGAAACACAAAACUGGUGGGACUGUCCAUUGAUUCUGGCUUUCAGCACCAAUACCGAUGGCGUUAUCUCAGGUAGUUGUCAGGUAAAAUUAUGUGAUUGAAAAACCAGCAUUUACUGUCCCUUUAAAACAUGAGACAUUUCCAGUUUAAAAUGGCAAAAACAGAUUAACCAAUUUAAAAAUAUGUUUUAAUUCAUUUCAUUUUAUAUAAUACUCAUUACUUUAUAUCAUAUACAGCCAAUACAUUCAAUUAUGUCCCUUCAAUGUGGAUACUGCUGCAUUCUAGUAGGUUAAGCCAUUUCUAUCCCAAACAUUUACUGCAUAUUUAUUAAUUCAAUGUAGUCCGUGCUACAGAACUCAGUGCCUCUCAGCAAAGCACCAUGGAAGGAUGCCACAUUCUUUUCAAGCAAGUGCAUGUACAUAAUGUUGUAAUGUGCGUUGUAAUUUCUUAGUUAACUUAUUGCAAAAUUAUGUAUGUAAUUAUACACUUUACAUACAAGGAAAGCUGUGAUUUACAGCCAUAUAAACAUAGUGUUAGCUAUACUGGCAUACAUUUUUAAGGGUGUAAUUUGGUUAUGUGAGCAAAUAUUGUAACCCUUUUACAACCUUAUAUCUCUUGUCUUGCAAAAUGUCACAGAAAUUCUAAUAUUUUCCUCCGAAAAAAUCGUAUUUAUGUUUAUAAAAUUAAGCAAAUUUGGCUGUGCAUGGCUGUAAUUUCAUUUACAUUUGGAGUUGACUAGUUGCUGCAAUGGGAACUAGCAUAGUUGCCCCCUCCCUGUGUCUGACUAAAAACCGUCUCCCCUAAGCAAGCAAUACUGUGUUGUCCAUUGUCUGGCAUUGUCUAUCUAGCCUUACUGGCUCCUGUACCAUGUAGCCAGAAUUGCUUCUAAACAAAGAAUGAAAUGUUUUAUUUCAUGAGAAGUAGCAUACUUUGAAUAGGAAACGUACGUUGUAUAAUAUUAGGUGAACUGCAAGAUGAUUCCUGAUAGUUUGGCUUGUAGUUUACAAUUCAUAUAUCCACCACAAUGUAUUUUAGUUUAUUUUAGUAGUUUAAAGCCUUUAGUAUUUUGAUUGUAUUUAAAUUGAGAAUUCAAAUUAUUUGCUCACAAUGUUUACUUAGACCUUUUAUUUAUAUGUAAAAUGAUAAUCUGCAAAACAUUAACUUAUUACUACAUAAAAAAAAAUUUAAUAGUAGAAUUAGUCAUUUUUCUGUAUAUUUUUAUUUUUAUCUCUUAUCUCUUACUGUAACCUUAAAUUUCUUUAAAAUACUACAUAACUGUCUCAUUGUUUAGGUGAUAAACCAAAAUAAAUACAAAACGUACAAGUAAAGUGUUUAGAAGUAAAGUAACCUACCCCCUAAAAUACACUGGGGUAUUAUAGGUAUAUGUACAAUAAAUGGACAAAAAAAAAAAUUAAUAUAAGUAUAAUAUAUAUAUAAAAAGAAAUAUAAAGAAAAGACAAUAUAAUAUAAAACAUAAAGAAAAAUCCAAAUAUUUACUGGCUUUGCAUCUUUUCCUAAGUUGUGUUUCAAAGCUGUUGUAUACAGCAAACACAGACUCAAAGGAAUCGAUGUUUAAAAUGGAAUGAGGCAAAAAUGUAAUUCUUUGUUAAACUAAUUUGCAUAUACCCACCCAGAAUCCUUUGCGGUAGUAACGUCACUGCAGAUAUGUGAUUUCUGUAGGAAAAGCAAGUCUUAUGACUUGACUGGUGUGUAGAUUUUUGUCUAACAUUGCAUUAACUAUAUACAAAGAGAAAGAGAGAGAGAUAUGAAUGUGCUCUAGAAGAUGGUGAUUAAUGAACACUUACAUUUGUGGGAGCCUUUUAUGAGUACAGGUUCUAAACAAGUGGGCUUCUGUGCCUUUAAGGUGGCAACACUACCUUCUUCUUGCACAACUGUAUAGUAUACUCCUACAGCAAUGGCAGCAAAAGAAAACAAAAAAUAAAGAACAAAUUUGGUGCAGUAUUACACGCAACAGUGGUGUAUAUGACUUUGUGAAGAUGUGUGCUCAUCUUUAUAGGAGCCUAUAAAAUACUGGCUCCAAGUAUUGCAUAUUAAACCACCAUCAAUAUAAAUGUCAAUGUCUAAUUGACAAUUUUAUCACGUUUAAUAACUUUUCUUCCAAUGAGGCUUUCUUCUGUGCCUUUCCAUGUACCGUCGAUAAGAGACCAUAUUUGUCACCCAGCAAAGUUUUGAAAAACAAAAAGGCAUUCUUAAAAUUACAUAAAAAGAUUGUCAUAGCGUGGUGCAAAUCUGGUACCCAUUGCGUUACCGCAUAUUUCUAGCUAAGAGUCUUUUAUCUAAAGAGUGGGAUGUUCUAUGACUUGUUUAAACAUCACACAAAGUCAUUAAUCCUUAAGAGGUUAGAGAAGGGAAAUAAGAAAAGAAAAGUAAUAUAUAAUUAUUGUUAAGGGGAAAAAUAAAAUCAGGUUUAUCUACAAGUUAUAUGGUAUUGUUGUUUGGCAAUCCUUCGGUAAGUCAAUUUGUGGAAGAGGAAAUAUGUCACUUUUCAAAAGGUUUGAUAAUUUAUAACAUGCUUAAAUAUCCUGCUUACAGACAUUUUAAUGAAUCUGCACCUAAUUGGGAAUGAGGAUUCUCUAGCUGGCAGAUGAAUGCAAACCAGGCAUCUGCAUAUUAAAUUACAUUUCUGUUUGCUAUUGUAGCUUGCAAAUAUUGAUUAGUUUGUACCAUGCAUCCUUCCCACCCAUGACAUUGACAUUAUGUGCUGCACCAAAAUAGUGAGCUUAAAAGGUUCCUGAGCAUUGUGGGAUUGGGAGGGGAGGAGGGAAUGGGUUCAUGUCAUGUACAGUCUCUGGUAUAUAAUGGAAGUAAGUUGUGAAUUUGUAUUUGAAUAACUCAUUACAAAGAAUCAAUUUUCUCAAAAUGUAAUUAAUUGCCUUGUAUAUGAUCCUAUCUUCUCAGGUGGUCAUAUAAAUCCAGCAGUAUCAUUCGCCAUGUGUCUAACAGGAAGAUUACAUUGGGCAAAAUUUCCAUUUUAUGUGAGUGCACAGUUCCUUGGUGCAAUAACAGGAUCUGCAGUAGUUUUUGGCAUUUAUCAUGGUAAGUGUAACCUACACAACGACACUUAUUAACCAAACAGUGAAUUGUAGCAAACAGAAAAUCAAAUUGCUAAAUUUGGACAAAUAAUUCAGUUUUGGGAAGACUUUCUAUUUUGGCUAUAUUUACAUCUUAAACAAAAAAGGAGACCCUGAGAGCACUAGGCCCCUAAGGUCAACAGUUAGGGCGUCCCUCAAACUGAAUAGUAAAUAUAUUAAAAUGUAACUUUUAUUGCUUUAUUAAAAUCCCCAAAAAAUAAAUGUGCAACUAAUCAAUAACAAACAUAUAUCCAACGAAAAAGGAAAAAACAGCCCUCAGCCUGUCAUAGUACUUCAUCUAUUAGCCUUUUGUUUUUGUUUUUUCUUUUUUCGUUGGAUAUAUGUUUGUUAUUUUAAUAUAACAUAAAUAUAAUAAAAUAAGGGGUUUAACUCACAUUUUUAAAGCAACGAGGCUUAAUUAGCAUUAGUGCUGCUUAUCUCUCCUCAUGGAGUCCGCAUCGGGGACCUGAUGCGCAUGUGAGGCAGCACCACACAUCCAUCCAAGCUUCCCCCUACAUAAGCAUUGUAUCAGUGCUUACCUAUGCAGACUUCCAUGUCAUACAACAGAGUUUUACCCAGUCAGUGCAGGGGAAAAACAUCCAGUGGCUGUUACAGCUGCAGUCAGUGCAACAACCACUAGAGGUGCUUCUGUUGUGUUUAACCCUUCGAGCUAAAAAUCAGCAUUUCCGCAAAAUGGAAUGUUUUAUCUUCAAGGGUUAAAUUCACAGGGCCACUGCACCCAUGCCAUUUCAUACAGAUGAUGUGGCCUGGGUGACUUGAGUGGACCUUCAAGAGCUAAUUUUUAAGAGUUAAGAGCAAGUGUCUGACCACACAUCAGGUGCAUAACUAAAUUCACAGGACCAUAGUGCAACAUGCUAACUUCACUGGCAGGACACUGACAGAAGUAUAUCACAUACUCCCUCAACAUGUGCCUUCUGGGGGAGUUGCACAGUGACCGGGAGCAAGAGGACCACUUGUCACUCGAUCUCUGGCAAUAGACCAUGUGUGCCAAUGGCCAGACAGCCAGUUUAUGGGCCCCCUGAGAUAAGCGGAACACAGAGGGCCUGGUCUCACUCGUGACUUUAGCAACCUGUGUUGAUCUGCCACAGCCACAUACUUCCCCGUAUUCCUCAUCCAAACCCCUCAACUGCACCUCCAUGUUUAUUUUCUCCCAAUGACUGGUGUAAAAAAAAACAACAAAAAAAACAAAAAAAAAACAGUAUUCUGAGAUUUGGUGUUAUUGCCAUAUUUGGUUAUAUUGUUUAUUUUAUUAUAUGUCUUAUUCUUGCCUUCUUAUCUUUAUGGAAAAAAAUGUAAACUUAUAAAGCAGACGUAAUAAUGAAAUUUAUAUUACAUAUGAUGCAUAGAUGUUUUUUGUAACAUUAAAUGCAAUUACAUGACGUGUGCACUCCCCUUUUGCAGGAUGGUGCAGCCAUGUAUAGUCCCUCUGCAGAUAUGCAGAGUGACAGAAUGGCUUAGUAGCUGAUAAAUGUGUUUCUCUGCAGAGUAAGAAACAGUACUGGUGUGAAGGGGAGUAAGGGUGUAAGUUUGGCUUUAAGGGCUAAUAAUAAUUUGCAAUGUUACAAAAUUGGAAGGGUUAAUCUUUUACAGUUGUGGAUAAAUCAUCAAAAUUCUACUUGUCGUCAUUGUUCAUCUACUUCGCUUCGUGUGGAUACAAACUGAAUGCUGUUUAGGAUGUAAAAUUCGCUGUGUACAGACAAAAAAAACAAGAAUACUAACUUUUUUUUUUUCUUUUGAAUUUUUUUUUUUUUUGCAGAUGCACUGAAAGCAUAUACAGGUGGAGUACUCACAGUUAAUGGACCAAAUGCUACAGCACACAUUUUUGCUACCUAUCCAUCGCCAUAUCUUUCAACUAUGAAUGGACUGGCAGAUCAAGUAAGUGAGCAAUAAUGUUACAGAAAAUAUACUAACAAGGAAAUGGUUUGCACAGCUGGUGCAAAUCUAAAUUGGAACAAAUAUGUAGAAAAUACAAAUUAAGAUAUUAUUUAGAUAUUUUAUAAGAUAGCAUGGGGAUUGAAUAUAGUACAAAAGCAGUGAAAAGGCGGCAGGAUAGGGUAGACAAAGGUGGCAUGAUGGUAUGGUUUGAAAAAUAACUACAUCAUCUUUUAAAGGUACAAUCUAAGCACCAGGAUAACUUCAGCUUAAUGUCGUGGUUCUGCCCGUGUAGUCUAUAUGUAGACUUUAGGUAAAGAAUUCCAAAUCUUAUUGUUCUUACUGAACCCGUUCCUCCGCUGUAAGCAAAAAAAACAUUAUAUGCCUUGAGCUGGGUUUGUUGGCUAUUAGUCUGGUUAAAUUUUUACCAUCUCUACGGAUGGAUAUUAUCUUUAGGAAGGGCUUAGUACAUAUGAAAAUCAUUUAUGUUACAGUCAUCAUUAUUACAAAAAGAGAUUGCACACUAUAACCACCUAUAAGAAAUAUAUAAAUGCUUUUAUUCAACCAAAAAAGGUAUACAUACAAGAAACAAAACAACAAAGUGACAAUAAAUAGGCAAAUAAGUAAACAAUAAUAGUUACCAAAAUUUCACAAGCCUACUAUGACAGAAACACGAGCCACCAAUAACCCCAACGUUGUCAUAGUGUGCCUACUAUGACAGAAACACGAGCCAGCAAUACCCCCAACGUUGUCAUAGUGUGCCUACUAUGACAGAAACACAGGCCACCAAUACCCCCAACAUUGUCAUAGUGUGCCUACUAUGACAGAAACACGAGCCAGCAAUACCCCCAACGUUGUCAUAGUGUGCCUACUAUGACAGAAACACAGGCCACCAAUACCCCCAACGUUGUCAUAGUGUGCCUACUAUGACAGAAACACAGGCCACCAAUACCCCCAAUGUUGUCAUAGUGUGCCUACUAUGACAGAAACACAGGCCACCAAUACCCCAAACGUUGUCAGAGUGUGCCUACUAUGACAGAAACACAGAAACACAAGCCACCAAUACCCCCAUCAUUGUCAUAGUGUGCCUACUAUGACAGAAACACAGAAACACAAGCCACCAAUACCCCCAUCAUUGUCAUAGCGUGCCUACUAUGACAGAAACACGAGCCAGCAAUACCCCCAACGUUGUCAGAGUGUGCCUACCAUGACAGAAACACAGGCCACCAAUACCCCCAACAUUGUCAUAGUGUGCCUACUAUGACAGAAACACGAGCCACCAAUACCCCCAACGUUGUCAUAGUGUGCCUACUAUGACAGAAACAUGAGCCAGCAAUACCCCCAACGUUGUCAUAGUGUGCCUACUAUGACAGAAACACAGGCCACCAAUACCCCCAACGUUGUCAUAGUGUGCCUACUAUGACAGAAACACAGGCCACCAAUACCCCCAACGUUGUCAUAGUGUGCCUACUAUGACAGAAACACAGGCCACCAAUACCCCCAACGUUGUCAGAGUGUGCCUACUAUGACAGAAACACGAGCCAGCAAUACCCCCAACGUUGUCGUAGUGUGCCUACUAUGACAGAAACACGAGCCAGCAAUACCCCCAACGUUGUCAGAGUGUGCCUACUAUGACAGAAACACGAGCCAGCAAUACCCCCAACGUUGUCAUAGUGUGCCUACUAUGACAGAAACACGAGCCAGCAAUACCCCCAACGUUGUCAUAGUGUGCCUACUAUGACAGAAACACAGGCCACCAAUACCCCCAACGUUGUCAUAGUGUGCCUACUAUGACAGAAACACAGGCCACCAAUACCCCCAACGUUGUCAGAGUGUACCUACUAUGACAGAAACACGAGCCAGCAAUACCCCCAACGUUGUCGUAGUGUGCCUACUAUGACAGAAACACGAGCCAGCAAUACCCCCAACGUUGUCAGAGUGUGCCUACUAUGACAGAAACACAGGCCACCAAUACCCCCAACGCAUAGUGUGCCUACUAUGACAGAAACACGAGCCAGCAAUACCCCCAACGUUGUCAUAGUGUGCCUACUAUGACAGAAACACAGGCCACCAAUACCCCCAACAUUGUCAUAGUGUGCCUACUAUGACAGAAACACAAGCCAGCAAUACCCCCAACGUUGUCAUAGUGUGCCUACUAUGACAGAAACACAGGCCACCAAUACCCCCAACGUUGUCAUUGUGUGCCUACUAUGACAGAAACACAGGCCACCAAUACCCCCAACGUUGUCAUAGUGUGCCUACUAUGACAGAAACACGAGCCAGCAAUACCCCCAACGUUGUCAUAGUGUGCCUACUAUGACAGAAACACGAGCCACCAAUACCCCCAGCGUUGUCAUAGUGUGCCUACUAUGACAGAAACACGAGCCAGCAAUACCCCCAACGUAGUCAUAGUGUGCCUACUAUGACAGAAACACGAGCCAGCAAUACCCCCAACGUUGUCAUAGUGUGCCUACUAUGACAGAAACACAGGCCACCAAUACCCCCAACGUUGUCAUAGUGUGCCACUAUGACAGAAACAUGAGCCAGCAAUACCCCCAACGUUGUCAGAGUGUGCCUACUAUGACAGAAACACGAGCCAGCAAUACCCCCAACCUUGUCAGAGUGUGCCUACUAUGACAGAAACACGAGCCAGCAAUACCCCCAAUGUUGUCAGAUUGUGCCUACUAUGACAGAAACACGAGCCAGCAAUACCCCCAACGUUGUCAGAGUGUGCCUACUAUGACAGAAACACGAGCCACCAAUACCCCAAACGUUUGGGUUAUUGGUGGCUUGUGUUUCUGUCAUAGUAGGCUUGUGAAAUUUUGGUAACUAUUAUUGUUUACUUAUUUUCCUAUUUAUUGUCACUUUGUUGUUUUGUUUCUUGAAUGUAUAACUUUUUUGGGUUGAAUAAAAGCAUUUAUAUAUUUCUUAUAGGUGGUUAUAGUGUGCAAUCUCUUUUUGUGGUAAUAAUAGUUGUUUGGGCACUAGACGGUAUUUGUGGUACUAUCUUACUUGCGUUGUCUCUUCAUUCGGUGUUGUUGUUACAGUCAUCAUUAUUAACAUAUAUUACUGGUAUUUCUCAGAUAUUAUUUCACAGAUUUUAUAUAAAAUGCUAACAAAGAUAGAAACAAACAAAAUACCCCUUAAACAGAAUUUAGGAACACUUUGGAAAACAAUUUUGAAUCAGACAGGAAAAACCUAACAAAGAGAUGCCAGGGUUAUCUGAUAACAUUCCAUAUAUUGAGGAUAUCGUCUAUGUUUUAGUUACUUCCAGAACACUAAAAACUCUAUUUUCUUCUAGGUGAUAUCUACAGCAAUUUUGCUCAUCGUGGUCUUUGCUAUAUUUGACAAUAAAAAUAUUGGAACCCCAAAGGGAUUGGAACCAGUUGCUGUGGGGCUCCUCAUUCUUCUAUUGGGAUUUUCCUUGAGCCUGAACUCUGGAUGUGCAAUGAACCCAGCUAGAGAUUUAGGUCCAAGGAUCUUCACUGCUUUGGCUGGAUGGGGUGUCGAUGUAUUCACGUACGUUUUACAAAUUAUUACAUAUUUUAUAUUUUCUCCAAUGUAGAUAACUUUCCAACUUUUGGUUGACAUUUGGCAGCUCUGUUUUUAUAUCACCACAAGUUAUUUCUUAGUUAAGUCAUCCCAUUGUAUGGUCCACCACAAGUGAAAUCAUAUCGAAGAAAAAUGUAAGGGACUACUUUACAGUAAUUUGCAACAUUUAGGAUUUAUGAAACAUAUAAGAAAAGCAACUUAUUUUGAGGUCAGAAAGUAUUUUCUACAGAAGCCGAACAUGAAAAUAUGUUUGUGUUAGUUUGAUCGACCUAGAAGAUGAAAAAAAAGUAUCUAGAUAUAACUUUUGAUCUCUGCUUGAACAACAAACAUAACUGAAAUGUACGUCCCUAUUUAAACAUAAUUAGAUUGUUUACUAGACUAAAUUCAAUUUAGAACAAAUUGUGAUUUGUUUAAAUUCUGUUACUCUAAAUCACCAUAUGGACAAAAUAGCUGUUUCGUUUGUCUUGUGUUUCAGAGUUGUCAACAAAAACAUGAUGGUUGACAAGGAGACAGCGAUAAAAUGUUGUUGUUGUUUAUUCACAGUUUAAGUGAGAAGUGACUUAUAGAGGGAAUAAAUAGGAGGAUCUGUGAAAAAAAAUCUAUAUUUAUUUAUUAUGAUUUAAAAAGAAAGAAAAAUGUUUUACCGCUCCUCCUUUUUUCCCUCUUUAUUAGUUAUAUCUCACUUGAUCUGUAAACCAAAUUGUGGGAAAAUGUGCCUAUCAGUGUACUGUUAAUAUAUACAUAAUAUUUAUAAUAUGUUUAUACAGUAUAUUGCAAUAUACUAAUAGGUGCAUUUUUUAUUUAAUUUUUUUUGCCAUAGAAGGAAAACAGGAGGAAUAGUAAAAUCCAUUUUGGUUUAUCUAAACAGUUUUUCCUGAAACGAUUUGCAUGGGCGAAAUUUGUCUGAAUAGAAAUAAACGCCCUAGGAACUAAAUCAAAAUCGCCUGUGGCAAAAUAAUUUCAGACAAAUCUAUUUGGACUAACCGAACUUUCCCACAGUGCACAAGUGUUAUGUCUACCUAGGAAGGAAAUGAGGAUAAGUAUCUAAAGAUGGCUCUUUGUGUCCUCUGACACAGCCACAAAUAUGUUGUUACCAUAAGAAAGCCUGAGUUGAUUCUUAGACGAAGGUUAGACUAUAUUUUUAAAUAUUUUUGUAGGGUGACUAAAUUUAAAUACAUUAUGUAGAUAUCUCAGAAAUGUGAUACAUGUUCUGCUUUAUUAUGGAAUUAAUUAAAGAUGUUGGAGGCUGUAAGAGGUACAGUUUGCAUCAGUUUUUUUCUGAACCAAGCAUUGCUGUUUUGCUCUAAAAUUGGCAAGUCAGUUCUCAACAUGCAGCAGCUUAAGAACAGUGAAUAAACCUCAUUGUAUUUAUUUACCUAAGGUGUUUUAGAUUUUGUGUAAGAAUUUACAUAUUUUGGGCUAUCUUGGUCAACCUGGGUUUUAUUCUGUAUAUACGCCAUCGGCAUCCUAGUUGAAUGUAUAGAUUAUACUUUAAUAUGAGCAAUUCUCGUUUAUAUGGUUUUUUUUGUUUUUUUUUCACAGUGCUGGGAAUAACUGGUGGUGGGUUCCUGUAAUCGGACCGAUGAUUGGAGGUCCACUUGGAGCUUUUAUCUACAUCCUAUGUAUUGAGGCUCAUCAUAAAACAGAUGAGGACAAAUUACAACUUCACCUGGAACCAGAUAAUUGUGAGAAACAUGAACUUACUAACAUGGCCUAAGAGACUCUGAAAUUUCCUUUAAGGACUAAGCAGCCUUCUGACAUCAAAUGGGCACCACGGAGACUGUGUUUACAACUAUUUACUAUUCACAACUCAGCUUAUCAUGUGUCUAUUUGAAUGCUGCACACUGUAAUUACUUUCAAGCGAAAAAUGCUACCACUCAUUUUCUGCAAUAUUACGUGUAUGAAAAUCUUAAUAUAUGAGCCUUUAUGUUAAAGGCUUACUUACAGAUCUUUGUUCUCAGCUGUCACUCUCGAACAUAAAAGUAACGGGGAAUUAUCAUCUGACCCCUUAAUUGCUAUCACAUAAAUCAGCUUUCUUAAUGAAGCACUAAUGGACAAUAUACUGGGUCACCAAGGUAUAUGCAGGUAAUUGGUCAUGUCAUGAAUUAAUGUGCAAUAAAUGUGAUCAAUCAUCAAUACCAUUAAAAUAUGCUGCACUUUAAAAUGAUUUUAAUGUGAGGGGCCAAGAACUUAACUUAAGUAGAAUGCUGGUCCCUACCUACAUGGAAAUGUAUUAUGUAUCAUCAUGAAUCAUAGUUCGAGAAAGGUCAAUUUGUGAAGCUAUAAACGGUGAGCUCAGGGUUAUUCAAAGAUGUAAGUCUGGGAUACGGCUGCUUUUUUUCAACAUAAUUAUUAUCCUCUUUUAUUUAAUUUGCAACAAAAUUUAAUGGAUAUCCAUCGGCUCUGUAUGUUCCUCUAACUUUGGUAUUGGGGCUUAUUAUUAAUUCAGUAUUUAUUGGAGAACUCACAGACAAACAAAGAAAAGCCAUAAAAUGUUGUUUAAAUUAGAUUCACCCAGCAAAGUAAGAGAUAGAGAUUAACAACAUCUUGAGGAACAAGUUGGAUGGAUUGGUUUGUAGGUUUUCAUUGGAAUAGAGAAUAAGAGGUGCUAGAAUUGGUAAGAUAAGCUCAUUUUAGAAAGUAUGCUUACUGUUAAAACUGGAAGAUGUUGUUGUCACUGAUAAUUCAACUUUAUGUUUUUUCUUAAAUCGAAUGAUGAUUGCAUAGCAAAGCAAAAUCAGGGUGGAGGAGAAGUCACUGAUUGCUUAGGGUUGCAGAAACCAUGGGGCCAGUCGUCUCUCAAAACUUUUCACUUUCCUUAUUCUCUUUUACUUCUGACAACUCAAUAUUUUUUAUUUUUCUCCUUAUAAUUUUUUCAGACUUAAAUACUGUCACAGGGUCAUUUAUUAAAGUGAGAAUUCAAAGUGAAUUUAAACUUUAAGGCCAAAAUAGUCAGCUAUGCUUCUUUGGUUUAACAUUUGAAAUGUACUUUCAAUUCUUUUUUGAAUUUACAAUUUAUUGAAUAACCCUGUCAUUUGUAGAUGUCUUUCUUUACCAGCAUCUGUCCUCUCUCCUGUAGUGUGACACUCAUUCUUCCCGAUUUCUGAAUCUCAAUUGCUAGUUAUGUGCAUGUGUUCUAAUCUCUCCGUUUCGUCAUUUCUCUUUCUCUGCUCUCUGUUUUUGUGUUUUUUUUUUUGUUUUUUUUAAAGAUCGGACAAAGUACACAUGAUCACAUAGCAAAAAAAGGACUGAAAAAAUGUUCAAUGAUCAGGAACAAAACAACAAGUAGUGCUAAGGAAAAGUGCCACAUUAAAAAGAGAAGAAAUAGAAAACAAAAGAGGAGAUAUCUGCAUGUGGUUUUGGAGAAUAUAAGUUCCAACCAAAGUGCCCCAUGCCCUAUAGUGGUUUGUUAAUUAAUGAGUUUGGUGUAAUUUAUUUUCAGUAUCACAUGAGGUACAAAGGAAUAUCCUCCAGCCAUACAGAGGCUGCUCCAUUUUUACACCUUUUGUCUUGUCUUCAGAUUUUCUUUUUAAUGUAUUCUCUAUGCCACUGUAUUUUCUUCAUCUUCCUUUAGUCUAUUUUCUAAUUUUUGUCCACUUUAAUCCAUUUUUUGAGAAAUAGGUUUGUGCAGCUAAUUUUCAUUUAAUUGUGGUUUUAAGGUAUCAGAACAAAAGAUGAAUUAGACAGAGAGGUCUGUGUAGAUGUGAGGGUCUCUUGUUCCACAAAUUCCUCUUGUAGCACAAAAAACAUUCUGGACCACUUAUGAGAAAUACUAUGAUUUGCCAAACGAACACGUGGUAGAUCCCACUUUCUGGUACCCAUAGUCACAAUUGUAUUUAAGUGACAGUAUUAUCACUAAUUCCACACACGUUGACAAAAUAACUAGUUUUCAAGAAAGGAUUGAAACAUGGAGAACUACUUGAAUCAACAAAAUUGUUAAAAUAUCUUUAGAUGUGUACUUGUUCUAUUGUUCUAUUGAUUAUUGUUUUAUUUUAUUUUUUACUAUAUGUACUGCUGCUUUAUUGGGUUCUACGAUGUCAGUUCAGCUGUUAUGUCCGUUUUGAGAUUGAAACACAUAUAUACUUCUGAAAAUAAAUUAAAUAAUAAUUUCUGUUGUCUAGUAUAAUAAAAUAAGAGAAUAAAAUAAAAAAAAUCAUUGUGUUUAUUUGUAUGGAUAUUAAUUAUAAACCAAGAAAAUUAAUUAAUUGGAAAACACAAUGGUUAAGAUGUCACUCAUGUAAACUUGAAGAAAGGAGAUUUUACCUAUGGCAGACAGUUCUUUACAGUAAGAAAAAUAAAGAUGAUGAAUUUUCUGUCUAAAGAGGUUGUUUUUAUAGAUUCUGUGCAGAUUUGUAAAAAUCGUCAGGGUGAUAUUUUUUUGAAAAGCAAUAUAUUCAAGGAUAUAAUAACAUGUGGGGUAACAACUUGUUAAUCCAAGUAGAUGUUUGACUGCCACUUUGGAGUCAAGGAGGAGGUUUUCUCAAUUUUGGGAAAGCAAAAG